CUGCUUCACCGGAGGGAGAAAAAAAAAUCUUAAAAAAAAAAAAAAAAAAUCUUUAAAAAAAAAAAAAAAAGAGCGAAAAGGCAAAAACUUCACUGGUUUACAGGAAUUUGCACUUAUUUGGAAACAGUGUCCAAGUUGUCCCGAGCUACGGGAGUUCCGGGGAGGGAGACGUAGUCGUCGUUACCGGUAAACGCUACUAUUCUCCGUGCCGUCGGUAGUAUUUUUUUGGUAGAUUUAGCUACAUGACUCUGCUGCCGCCUCUCCACCCGUCCACAGCCGGAAGUCUGAUCCUACAAGGCUGGGCCUAAGGCUGAAUGACCAACCAGCCAAAGUGAGCAACUUCCCCAAGAGCCCCACACCUGCAGGAGCCCUCAGACCCCCAGCUUCACUGUGUGGCAAUUAGUUUGUGAAAUGAUGGAAGACUCUCAUUUUAAUUCAUCGUAUUUCUGGUCUCCCAUCCCCACUGUAUCAGGACAGAUUGAGAACGCCAUGUUCCUGAACAAGGUGAAAGACCAACAGGAAAAGAAUGCUUCCUUCUCUUCUUCCCCUGCAUCCCACUACCAAACAGCUCUUCUCACCAUCCCCACUCCUGGGACAAAGACAGAUGGAGGAGGGCAGGCUUGUAGUGUGGCACACCUCCACCCGGCGGCUCACAGCACCCAGAACAUGCUGUCUGUCCCCUCCACAGGCAUCAUGACAGCAGCGGGUCUGGUCAUCACAACUCCUCAGGGAACACUAGUCUCUCCCACCUCCUCUCAGUCGUUUGUCUCUGGUCAUCCAGCAACGACCAUGAUUGUUUCAGCUCUCCAUUCUGCAGACAAAAAAGAAGGGGACGGGGCGCCCCAUGUUGUUGUGAUGCCGGCGCCCUCCAAACGAGGCAGAAAGAAGAAGACAACACUGUCUAGGGUCGGUCCUGCAGGAAAUGAAACCCUAAUACUGGCUCAUCUGACAGCUGGUGGCCAGGUGGCAUCUUUGCACCAUCAGACUGGAGACCCAUAUGAGCUGUCAGAGGAAGACCAUGGCCCAAAAGACAGCACUAAGACAUACAGGUGCCGGAUGUGUGCGGCGACCUUCCUCAGUAAGUCUGACAUGCAGAUCCACUCCAAGUCGCACACAGAGGCCAAACCUCACAAGUGUCCACACUGCGCCAAGUCAUUCGCCAACUCCAGCUACCUGGCCCAGCACAUCCGCAUCCACAGCGGGGCCAAGCCUUACACCUGCUCCUACUGCCAGAAAUCUUUCAGGCAGCUCAGUCAUUUACAGCAGCACACACGGAACCACACAGAGUCAAAGCCUCAUAAGUGUCCCCAUUGUACCAAGUCAUUUGCCAACUCCAGCUACCUGGCCCAACAUGUCCGCAUCCACACUGGAGUGAAACCCUACACCUGCUCCUACUGCCAAAAGUGCUUCAGACAGCUCAGUCAUCUUCAGCAGCACAACAGGAUUCACACCGGAGAUCGGCCAUACAAGUGUAUCCAACCAGGAUGUGAGAAAUCCUUCACGCAACUCUCGAAUUUACAGUCCCACCGGCGUCAACACAACAAGGACAAGCCCUACAAGUGCACCAACUGCAAUAAAGGAUACGUAGAUGCAGCGAGCCUGGAGGUGCACAUGUCCACUCACACAGUCAAGCACGCGAGGAUCUACUCGUGUGGUCUCUGCAACCGCACUUAUACCUCAGAGACGUAUCUGGUGAAACACAUGGAGAAACACAACCCAGACCAGCUAACUGCACCAGCAGCACAGGCGGCACAACAGAACCAAAGCCAGGGUCAGAGCCGGGUAGACGGCGCAGAUGGAGGAUCAAGCCAACCUGGGGGAGCUGGGAGCGGAGGAGCGGGCGGAGGCCAGCAAGGACAGAGCCAGAGCAACUACCCCCAGACAGAAACCAUCUCCUGUCCAUUUGACCUCCACCAAUACAAGACAGUGUCUGCCAGUGACAUCCAGUACAAACCUGUCAGCAUAGCUGACAUUACUUCCCACAAGAACCUCUGUCUCACUGUGUCAGCAUCCACCAUUCAAGUGGAGCACCUCAACUCUUAGAGGUGAUGACAAGGAGGGAGUUUGGGGGGGUGGGGAAGUUAAAAUUGAUUCAAGAAAUUGAGGAUGGAGUGUCGAGGAAUAAAAGCAAUACUAAGAUGAUAGAAGAACUUUGGAACACAUGACUGUGCCUGGCUGAUGGUUUGAGGCAGACAGGACGAACAAUAUGGUGACAUGAUAUACUGAAGACUAUAAUUUGACUUUAUUUUUUUAAUUUGUCUUUUUUUCUGUCUGCCUUGUUUGAUUUGUUUUGCUUAGCUGUCCUGUCUGAGUAGAAAGUGCAUGUAAAGGCUGCAAUAAAGUGUGUUUCAGUCCAUCACAGUGAUGGUUUUAUGAUAGGAAGAGAGUCAAAGUGCUUCUCUUCAUUGUUGUUUCAUCACCUCAUGCUCUUCCCUACAAAUACAGCUUUGGGCAUAGCAAUUUAUGGUCUCUCUGUUAGGGGAAAUGGUAGUUGACUGUGAAGGUAAAUUUUUGUACUUUCAUACAGAGACUUUCAGUUUUUACAUCAAUGGUAUUACCUCUACUAUUGUAAAAUACAUGACUGCAAUUAUUUCUUUUUAACCUUAAAACCAACAUAGAGGUAAUUUUCCUUUUCAGGAAAGAGAAAAUAUCAAUCAAGUAUAUAUAGAUACUACCAGUUUAUAAAGAUGAUUGUGUGUUUAAAAGAUGUGAUAAUCCAUAUAACCAAUUUACCCAUUCGCAGGCUUUCACAUAACCUUUUGGUCAGUGAUGGUUCACGUUUCAUGUAAUCCUAUUGUACUGCUUUUUGUGUAUGUCCUAAAAAUAAUGUUAUCCAAAUGUGUUCUUGCUAUGAUACUUCCAUAACAAUGUUUAAUAGUUCUUUAUAGAAAUACUGACACAUGAAAUUUGUCUUUUUUUCCGGCUUAUAAUACAAUAAACCCUCUCAUAUGUUUCAGUCUAA